AUAAAAAUAGAUCCGCUGACCCAUGGCCUCGACUCUAUUAAUUCUUUCUCGUACUCCAUUACUUUCUCACUCAAUUUUGUAAGCUUUCUUUAUUCGGAUUAAACCCUUUGAAUAUCUAGAGAAAGUAAUAAAAAAAAAAAUGGCUCAGAAGAGCAAGAUUCUGAUCAUCGGAGGAACAGGGUACAUUGGCAAGCACAUAGUCGAGGCAAGCUUGAAAGAAGGUCAUCCCACCGUCGUUUUGGUGAGGGAAACCACCGUUUCUGAUCCUGUAAAGGGAAAACUCGUUGAGAGCUUCAAGAAUUCUGGGGCCACUUUGGUUUAUGGUGAUUUGAAAGAUUACGAUAGUCUAGUGAAAGCCGUUAAACUGGUGGAUGUUGUAAUAUCAAAUGUAAGCCACCAACAAAUUCCGGAUCAAAUCAAGCUCAUUGAUGCCAUCAAAGAAGCUGGAAACAUUAAGAAAUUCUAUCCUUCAGAAUUUGGAAUUGAUGUGGAUCGCCAUGCUGCUGUUGAUCCUGCAAAGCAUAUCUUUGUUGCAAAGAUACAAAUUCGCAGGGCGAUUGAGGCAGCCGGGAUCCCUUACACCUACAUUGUACCCAAUGGUUUUGCGGGCUAUUUCGUCCCAACCCUGUCGCAGCCGGGAGCCACUUCCCCAUCCCACGAUAAAGUUGUCAUCUACGGAGAUGGAAAUACCAAAGCUGUUUACAAUUUCGAACAAGAUGUUGGUGCAUAUACCAUUAAAACUGUGGAUGAUCCGAGGACAUUGAACAAGAUUGUGUAUAUCAGGCCUCCCAAGAACACGGUAACAUUCAAUGAGCUUGUGGGAAUCUGGGAGAAAAAAAUUGGUAAAACUUUAGAGAAAGAAUAUCAACCGGAAGAACAACUUCUGAAAAAAAUUAAAGAGGCUCCAGUUCCACUCAAUAUCACAUUAUCAAUCAUCCAUUGUAUUGUGGUGAAGGGCGGCGCAACCGACAUCGCCAUUGAGCCAUCUUUCGGCGUGGAGGCUUCUGAACUUUAUCCUGAUGUCAAGUACACCACCGUGGAGGAGUUCUUUGAGAAACUUGCUUGAAUUGUUCAGUCCUUUGAGAAACUGUGGAAGAGUUUUUCGUACACAGGAGUGGAGGAAAUUAUUUCCUUUUGUUAGGGGAGUGGACAACUUUGUAUACUGAAAUGAAACUAAUAUGAUCUAGCUUGAUAUUGAUUCCCUUCUCUGGUGAUUAUCAAUGUAUUUUUAGAGUUCCAAAUAUAUACGAGGCGCCGUUGCAGCCUUUUGUGUUCUGUUUAUAAAUGUAGUUCAGUCAGCUGAGAUUUGGUAAUCCUC